CUCGCUUCUUGGCAUCCAUCUUUCUUUUGUUUACAAAAUAACAAAAUUUUGACUCCCACACUGUUGAUUUUGCAGGUGAUUUAAGUCAUGAAUGUGGUAUUGCCGUAUUGAUCACCCAGCUGAUCGAGAAUGCCUAACGCAAACUCAAAUGGAACUUCGUCAUCAGACGCUUGCAUAUCCAUCGUGCACAGUUUGAUGUGCCACAGACAGGGUGGUGAAUCGGAAGCCUUUGCCAAACGUGCCAUUGAAUGCUUAGUGAAAAAACUCAAAGACAAACCAGAUGAACUAGAUGCGCUUAUCCAAGCCAUCACAAUGAACGGAUCUCACGCAACGAGAUGCGCCACUAUCCCUCGGACUUUGGAUGGGAGGCUGCAGGUGGCUGGGAAAAAGGUUUUUCCACAUGUAAUAUAUGCAAGAAUUUGGCGAUGGCAUGACAUUCAAAAGAGUGAAUUGAAGAACAUCGAUUACUGCCAGUUUGCUUUCGACCGGAAGCUAGACAGUGUGUGCGUCAAUCCUUAUCAUUAUGAACGAGUCAUUUCGCCAGGAAUUGAUUUGAACCUUGCCGGCUUAGGAUUGCAGGACCAUCGUGAUGACCAGUUGUACGAUUACGACAAUGGAUUGCCGCCCAUGGUGCCUUCACGGGGGUUUAUGCAUGGAAUUCCGCAACCGGAGCUGCAUCCUAUGUUGGCACCUCCGACCAUGUCAGCAAUGGAGAAUCGACCGAACUGUAAUUUAGUGCACAAUGGUGUUAUGCCGGAUUUCAAUGGUUACGAGCAGAAACCGCAGAUACAUGGAUUGUUCCCGUCGAUGGGUCCCGACGCAGUUUUCAUUCGGGAUAAUCAACAACCAUCGACUUCGACAGGCUACUGGGAACGAGAAGAGCCGAAUCCACCUGGGCCAAUGCCAAAUCCGGAAUUGGGCGAUCCGGGUGCACCGUUCAUACAGCUUGAGAAAGAUCAAUGGGAGCAGCGGAAAUUUCAGAUGGCAUUGACAUCUCAGCCACCCCCGGAUUACUGGUGUAAUAUUGCAUAUUUCGAGUUGGAUCGCCAGGUUGGUGAAACAUUUAAAGUUCGUCACGCGUGCAAAACAGUGACGAUUGAUGGAUUCUCCAACCCAGAUCAUGUCAGUCGGUUUUGCUUGGGGUCACUGACAAAUGUGCAUCGCGAAGAUCCAAAUAUCGGCGAGAAAAUUGUACGCUGUCGUCUGCAUAUCGGUCAUGGAGUCUCAUUGGAAUAUCGCGAUGAUGAUGGCAUUUGGCUGAGAGUGCUGGGUAGCGGGGGCGAGGAGAACUAUAACAACUACAGUGUUUUCGUUCAAAGUUACCUGCUGGAUCGCAAUGUCCGUAUCCAGUUACAAGACCGGAUCUCUCCUGGCGACGCGGUCCACAAGAUUCAUCCGUAUUCUCAGGUUUUGAAAAUCUUUGACUUGCGGUAUUGCUAUAGUCAAAUGCUGGAGCAGCUAGAACGAACGCAACUGAUGGCUCAUGCGCAAGUCGCCGCGGUGACCGGACACCGACAACCAAAUAGUUUGUCCCCUGUGCCUCCCAUCACUAUGGGUUCCUCUACGGGCAUUGGGGCCGAUGAUUUGCGAAAAUUUUGCGUUCUGCGGCUGAGUUUUUUGAAGGGAUGGGGGCCGGAUUACCAGAGAAAGACCAUUAAAGAAACACCAUGCUGGGUGGAGAUUCAUGUUAAUCGGGCAUUGCAGCUGUUGGAUGACGUGCUGCGCAGUGCGCCCUCUAAUGAGCCCAGAACGAUGACGGAAUACCCUUAGAGGAUAGUGUAGGAUCGGUCACGAAGCGGAGAUGAACAUUUCUUGGAGUAAGGAGUAAGGAUUUCUGCUACCUUCUUUUUUUGUUAAUGAUGGUUUGUUGACAGUUGCGUAAGUAUUAUGAUAAUUUUUGGCAGCUUAACCAGAGCAUAUUAGGAAACAGUUUUUUAUAAACUUUAUGGGCAAACGUUUACCUUUGAAUCUGGAUGGAUCGAUGAAUUUCUUUCCGUUUGUUGUUUUUGCGACUGUUAUUGGCGUGCAUGUUUAGUAAGUUUGAAUUUUUGUUUGUAUAAACACAGUGUAUUUUAUGUGACAGAUUUUCUUUGGAAGGCUACUGUAGCCUUUGCCAAGCUCGGUCAACUGUAGUAAUGGAUGUUUCAUUUUUACAGCUCUAAGCGCGGCAAGGCAUUUGUUCAUUUGACCGUUUCUCUUUUGCACCGGCUUUUAGGCGUUGCCGUGCUGUUCUUUUUUAUCUUGUUUUUUAUGUACAUGUUUUCCGCAUCUUUCAAACAAUAGUGCCUGCUUUUGAAAUAUGCUAUUUUCGGUCGGGCUUUCGUUUUGAACCUUGCGUAUGUAUGUGAGUGCUACGCGCAGCUCAUUAGAAAAAUCAUUUGAGAAGUAA